GGGUAACUUGUAACUGUUGACACGUUGGAAAUACAGUCACAUAUAAAAACACCAGGUUAAAUAUAUUAACCAGAUUAGUUUUUUAAGACACUGUUUGUUUUAGUCGGCACUGCAACAUGGUUUUCAGUGUGGCUCUUUUUUUUCUCGACGGGCAAUGAGUUGAUGGCGUCAAAUCCUAGUGCGUUACCGACAGAAAUAGCAAUCCCGUCGAGGACUUGUACUCGCGGACGCGCGCAGAGCUCGCUCCCGUCGCCCCUGCCAAGCGGGGAGCGUAGCCCCGCAGUAUGUGAAGGCGGAGCUCGGCUUGGGAGAUGGUGCGGGAGGGGGGCUCGUGGGGGAGGCGGAGUCUCGGCAGUCCUGGCAGGGCCGCCAUUUUUGCAAAGGGAAAAGAGACUGGUUUGAGGGGAUCUAAUUUCUAAAAGUCGCCGUUGACUGGGGCUCAGUUUUAACGGUUUCGAAUUGAUUUCUUGCCACUUUCCGGUCCCAGCUUAAAACAAGGGACAAGGGAUUUUUCAUAAGAAAGUAUUCUUUAGAGGACAAGUUAAAAUACAAACAUUUUAAACCUUGGCUAAGGAUCCGCAGUGUGUGGACAGAAGUAUUGUUUUGGUUGUGGAAGCUGCGACAGGGGUCUUACCCAGGUCCCCUUUUUUGCCAUUCAGAUCCUCCAGAGUGGACUUAAAACGGCCUUGUGGAUGCACUUAGAUGUCUGCAAUGAGUGCUGCGGCUGGCAUGCCUCAGUGUUUUGGACUCCCUUUCUCUGGACUCAGUUGGACAAGAACUGAUAAGCAGAGAACGUCAUGAGCAUAGUCAUCCCAGUAGGGGUGGACACAUCAGACACCUCAUACCUGGAAAUGGCUGCAGGCUCAGAACCAGAAUCGGUGGAGGCCAGCCCUGUGGUGGUGGAGAAGUCCAACUACCCGCACCAGAUUUACAGCAGCAGUUCUCACCAUUCCCACAGUUACAUUGGCCUCCCUUACGCUGACCAUAAUUAUGGGGCACGGCCCCCACCUACGCCGCCGGCCUCCCCUCCACCCUCCAUGUUGAUCCGUCAAGGUGAGGGGGGGCUGUUUGUUCCAGGUGGGCAGGACGAAGCGUCCAGGGGCACCACCCUCAGCACGUCGGAAGAUGGCAGCUACGGGGCUGACAUCACCCGCUGCAUCUGUGGCUUCACCCACGACGACGGCUACAUGAUCUGCUGCGACAAGUGCAGCGCCUGGCAGCACAUCGACUGUAUGGGCAUUGACAGGCAGAACAUUCCUGAGACCUACCUGUGUGAACGCUGCCAACCCCGACAUCUAGAUAGAGAGAGGGCCUACCUGCUGCAGACCAGGAAAAGAGAAUGCUUAUCCGAUGGGGACACCAGCGCUACAGAGAGUGGAGACGAAGUUCCGCUAGAGCUUUACUCCACCUUCCAGCACACGCCUACCACCAUCACCCUGACAACUGGGCGCCUUGGAAAUAAGCAGGCUGAUAAGAAGCGUAAAAAGAGUGGUGAAAAAGAGCCGACGGCAUCCUCUGCCCGUGCUAAGAAGCCCUUCAGAGAGGGAUCCAGAAAGUCCUCCAGAGUAAAGGGUGCAGCUCCAGAGCAGGAGCCCGUCGAGCACCCGUCUCUGUGGGAGAGUAAAAUCAAGACGUGGAUGGAGCGUUACGAGGAGGCCAGCAGCAACCAGUACAGUGAGGACGUUCAGGUCCUGCUGCGCGUUAAAGAGCAAGGCGACGGCAAGAGCCUGGCGUACAACACGCACCCAGCUUCUUUCAAACCCCCAGUUGAGAGUCAAGUUCAGAAGAACAAGAAAAUCCUCAAGGCGGUGCGAGACUUGGCCCCAGACUCCCUCAUCAUUGAGUACAGGGGAAAGUUCAUGCUUCGACAGCAGUUUGAGGCCAACGGAUACUUCUUUAAAAGGCCGUACCCUUUUGUGUUAUUUUAUUCUAAAUUUGACGGAGUGGAGAUGUGCGUAGACGCCCGCAGCUUCGGUAACGAGGCGCGUUUCAUUCGACGCUCCUGCACCCCCAACUCAGAAGUGCGACAUGUUAUCGAGGAUGGGAUGCUGCAUUUAUACAUCUACUCACUGAGGCCAAUCUCCAAGGGCACAGAAAUCACGAUUGGUUUUGAUUUCGACUAUGGCAGCUGUAAAUACAAGGUGGACUGUGCCUGCGUGAAGGGGAACCAGGAGUGCCCGGUGCUGAAGCACAACCAAGAGCCAACUGAAAACUUAGGUUCUAUAGGCAGACGGAGGGGGAGUCGUAAGGACAAAGAGACGACCCGAGAUGAGCAAGGCCAGAACCAGAACGUGGCUGUAGAUGGCGAGGGCAAGAGCAAAAACAUUGGUGACAGCAAGCAGAGGAAACUCUCUCCUCUCCGCCUCUCCAUCUCAAAUAACCAGGCAAGACUAAAUAGUUGUAAACAUCACACAUCAUGCACCCAGGAAGGAGAGAGUACACAGACGGCACACGUCACAGGAGAUAAAGCAGCCUCGGCAACAUCAAAACAGUACCCCAAACCGGAACAGGCUGAUCCUGAGUUAUUUGAGGAUCUAGAAGACAAAACCUCCGUUAGCAAUGAAGUAGAGAUGGAGUCAGAGGAGCAGAUUGCAGAGAGGAGGAGGAAGAUGGCCAACCCAGCGGAGCAGUCCCAUCUCCCUGUCGGGGCGGCUUCAAGCUGGAGGGGACUGAAACUCAAGGAGACUCGAGAGGAGAGGAAGAUGGAAGCCAUCCUGCAGGCCUUUGCUCGAAUGGAGAAGAGGGAGAAACGCAGGGAGCAGGCCCUGGAAAGAAUUGGUAGCAUAAAGUCCGAAGUUGGAGGCCGGAGUGACAUUAAGGAGGAGCAUCCUGCCACACCAGAAACGGUGGAUUCCCCAGCAGUUAUGCAGCCCCUUCUGGAGGUAAAGGAGGAGCCGGGUCUAAAGCCAGCCAGGGUGAAACCCUCACGAAACAGGAAAAGUUUCUCAAGGAACCGCACCCACAUCGGCCAGCAGCGCAGGCGAGCUCGCACCAUCAGCACCUGUUCUGACGUGGCCCCCGGCUCUCCAGCGGAGUCUCUGGAGCCACUGACCAACGAGGCCCCUGAGGGAGAGGCGCCCGCUGUUCCGGAGCCAGAGGCUGUCCCCUCUCAACCCCCAGACAGCAGCCCUCCACAGAGUAGCUCACCUGCACCCGACAGGAACCGCACGGGGAGCAAGAACUUCAAAACUAAAAAGCACUUUGUCAGUGAGUGGGUGGGAGAAAAACAGCAGGACCGCGGCGCCGUGCGGACGCCAGAGCCGGCCCCGGAGAGGCCCCUGAGAAUAAGCAGUGACCCCGAAGUGCUCGCUACACAGCUCAACGCCUUACCAGGCAUGACCUGCUCCCCUCAGGUCUACAGCACGCCCAAACACUAUGUCCGCUUCUCGUCCCCAUUCCUGGCCAACCGCAGCCCCACCACCCCCGGAGUCCCCACGGGGAGACGGCGCUCCCGAGAACUGCCAGAGACGCCACCAACCACCGGCUCCUGCAAGAAGCGAUGGUUGAAGCAGGCUCUAGAGGAGGAGGGCUCCACCAGCCCAGCCAGACGUCCCAGCCUUCUCAUGGCCGCGGAUGGCCCUCUCAGCCCCUCCAUUAACGGGGACUCUGACAGCCCUCUUCCCUACAAUGGCACCUGCUCACUGCCAGAGUUGCCCACUCCUUUGAAAAAGCGCCGAUUGAGCCCGUUAGAUGCCUGUUUGUCCGAGAGCUCAACGCCGUACGGCUCACCUUGUGCCACACCCACCCGAGCAGACCAACCGGAGACACCUGCGACACCCAUCCUACUGACCACCCCGCCCCGCCCCCGGACCGAGGAGCCAAAUGCAGAGCCCGUUCCCAGUACCCCGACACACACACUUAAUGCCCACCAGGAGAGUGAAUCUUCAAUGGAGAACUCGCCAGAGGUCAUUCGGAAACCCUGUGCGCAAGAGGCGGAGCGUCCUCCUUCAUUGGUCUCCUCCCCCUGCGUCAGGGCUCCCGUUCCAGAUGGACUCGUAACAGAAGUGAAGUUGUCAGUUCCUGAGAGUCCACAGCCCCCAGCCGUUGAGUCGGUGGACUGCGGAGAGGACCGGACAGACAAUAUAAUAUUGGACGGCACAAAUGAGGCUUCCUCAUCUGCAGAGACAUGCGCUUCCUCUUACUCUGGCUGGAUAAAAAGCCCAGAGAGGGGCCCGACUGGACCAGCUGGCCUGAACUUCUCUCCAGUCAACUCUAACUUAAGAGACCUCACCCCCUCUCAUACCCUGGAGCCUCUGGCAGCUCCCUUUAGGCCUGAGACUGCAGCUGGGGCUGCAGCGGGAACAGGGUCACUGGCUGGCCCUCAGCCUCCAUUUAGCGAAGCCCAGGGGCAGCUUUUUUACCCUGGUUCUGAAGAGGGAAGUUCACUGGGAUUUCCACGCUCACUGAAUGGAGACGGAGCCAGCGAAGGAGGAGGGUCAGCACAGAACCCUCCACAGAAGAAAAAGGUCUCUCUGCUGGAGUACCGGAAGCGUCAGCGUGAAGCCCGACGCAGUGGCUCCAAGACCGAGUGCAGCUCGCCCGUUUCCACCCUGCCCCCUUUGACUGUGGAUGCCUUCCCCGUGGCUCUGGAGCCCACCAGCGAGCCUCCUCCGCCUCCGGCUCCCACGGCUUCCUGCAACACCACCAACACUGUAAAGGAGGCGCAGACGAGCGAGGAGGCGGAAGUCGUUGGAGAUAAAGGAGAGAAGGAAGGAGGAGAGGGACAAUGGACCUCGUCCACUUCUGUGGAGCAGGCCAGAGAGCGCAGCUACCACAGAGCUCUGCUGCUCAGCAAAGAUAAAGAUACAGAUGGUGAGACGGAGGGCGGAGACACGCCUUCACUCAGAGAGUGUGCAUCUCCAGGCCUUCAGAAAACCCCAACCCACACACCCUGCUCUCCUGGCUCUCUUGCUCAGCCUUCCAGUCGCUCUUCAAAGGAAGAAGAUGGUGAUGGUCAGCCUUGGACGCCAAACCCGACCAGCCAGCUGCCAAGCAAGCCCGCAGGACCUAAGCAGGGCCCCUUGACCCCCACGAAGCUUCAUACCACCCCGCUGCCCUCCUCACCUGUCCACUACCCAGGAUCCGCUCUCCUCCAUUCUCCCAAGGCUCAGCCCCAGGGCUCACCGUACCGCAGUCAGAGGGCUCUGUUCUCGGGCCAACCACAAACCCAACCUCAGUCCCAGCCUCAGACCGGCCCCGCGCCUUUCCCCCAGUAUAACGCACAGAGUGCCCCACCCCCACCUCCCCCUCCACCGCCAGCACCACCCGUUUCCACGGCCUAUUUUCCCAGCCAGACCCCAUCCCCUGCUGGACCGUUCCCUGGGUUUAAACCCUCCGUCACACCACCCUAUCCCCAGGGUUCUCAGGCCCUGAUGCAAACUCUGUCUCACAGCGUGCAUUAUCAAAGCUCAGCCGCUCCACCCCCACCUCCUCCUCCACCUCCACACCCGAUAUCCGGCCCUACCCUGCUACACGUCAACCUGCAGCCUUCUUCCAUUCAACAGCAUCCACUGAUGCUGACCACAGCCCCUCCUCCACCUCCUCCACCGCAGGGCCAAACCUCCCAACAGCCACAGCAGGCUCCCUCUGGCGGCACCCUCCUGUCCCUCACCCCUCCACCCCCUCCUCCUCCGCCCCCCCCAGCCCCUUCCUCCAGUGCCCCGAUGCAGCCCCAUCACUAUCAGAACUUAGGAGGCUUUCAGCCGGCCUUGCUGCACCCCGGUGCUGGGGCGAACCCUUCAGUACCCCCAUCCACAUAUCCCCCGCCUCUUCAACAGACUGGACUGCCCCCACCUCCCCCCCCUCCUCUCCAACAGACUCAACAAGGCCAGGCCCAGGCCGCUGCCUCCCAGAUGCCUUCUGGGACUCGUGGAGCUCCUUCGUCCUCGACCCCCUUCCACAGCUCGGGGUAUCUGAGCACAGGGUGGCACUGA